AUGUCUAUAUUUGUAUGGAGACUCCUAUCAAACAGAGUACAUGUGGAUACCAAACUCCAAUGGAGGAAGAUCGAGUUAGCCUCCAAAUGCUAUUGCUGCCCGACGACCCCUGGGAUCGAAUCACUGCAGCACCUUUUUGUGAAUGGCGUGGGAGCAGCUAGAGUCUGGAGCUUCUUCGAUCAGUGGUUCGCAGGUGGAUCAUACCCGCUCAAACCCAAAGAUACAAUACCGGAAAGACUUGAAGGCUGGGCAAAACGAACCAACCAACAAAAGAAGACACACAUGAGUAGGAUCACCCCCUGCCUUAUUGUAUGGUUUCUUUGGGCGGAAAGGAAUAGGUGCCGGCACAAUGAGGCAGAUUUCAGACCCCAGAAUGUGAUCUGGCAGACACAACUGCACAUCAAAAAGCUCAUCGAUAGUGGCCAGUUGGGGACUAAUCAGAGGAGAGGAGUCGUGAGUCCUUUGACGAUCGUCCCCGCCCUAAGUGAAAGACGGCAAGCGCAACUUGUUAUGCCACUUAAAUGGCAUCCGCCGGAUCCCCCCUGGAUCAAGCUCAACACGGCGAGCUGGCUCUCGGAAGGAUCAGGUCAGGCAAGAGGGGGUGGAAUUAUUCGGGAUCACUACGGUCAACUCCUAUGUGCAUUCAGCGUCCCUCUCUUAGUGGCUUCGUCCCUUGAGGCGAGCGCCAAAACAGUGAGGAUAGGCCUCUCGGAGGCCAAAGAGCUUGGCACACAAAUCUGGAUUGAAACGAAUGACCCAAGAGUGGCUAGCCUCGUCAAGACAAGAAGCUUCGGCCCAGCUGAUUCAAGGCACGAGAUGGCACGUCUGUUUUUGCUGCAAAAAGGUUGCUCUACCCGCAUCACCUCCAUUGGUAGCGUGUUGAAUAAAGCGGCCAAGUGUUUGGCUAAGCUGCAAUGUGACCCCACAGAACACUGUCGAUUUAAUUCCCAUACGGCCCCCAGGAUCGUCAAGGCGAUCGUCCGGCUUGAGCAGAUGGGUGUCCCCUAUCUCCGAGAGGAGGACGAGUAA